UUAGUUGCAGAAUAGCAAAUUAGCAAGCAAAUUUCACAAGCUCUCCAGCUAUGGAUUUUUGGCAGAAGGCACGAACCUUUGCUGAAGAAGCAGCGAAGAGAUCACAAGAACUCACAAAAGAAGCAGCGAAGAAAUCCCAAGAGCUCACCAUAGGAUCAUCCAAGAUAUCCGAUAUCGUCUCAGAGACCGCCAAGAGAUCUAUGGAGAUAGCCGCAGAGGCCACCAAGAAAGCCGAUCAGAUUAAGGUUGAAGCAUUGAAACGGGCGGACCAGAUCAAAUCCCUAGCCGAGGGGAUCUCUCCUCAAAUUCCUGUCCCUGCGAUCUCACUCAUUGAUUCUUCGUCCGCUGACACUUCCUCUUCAGAUCUCGAGAAAUUCGGCGUUACGGAUGAUUUGAGAGAGUUUGUGAAAGGAAUUACACUCGGCACAUUUCAGGAUUUUCCCAUGGAAGAUGAGCCAGAAACCGCUGAUGUCCUAACAGUCUCAAAUGUCAGACAGGAUCUUACAGAGUGGCAAGCGAGACAUGCCACUCUAGUUCUCUCUACAGUCAAGGAAAUUUCUAGGUUAAGAUAUGAUUUAUGCCCACGCCUCAUGAAAGAAAAGAAAUUCUGGAGGAUAUAUUUUGUACUAGUGAACAGUCAUGUGGCUCCAUAUGAAAAACGCUACAUGGAGGAGGUUAAGCUAAAAGGCUUAGAGCAGGGCCAGCAGGCAAAAGAUGAUAAAGCAAAAGACAUUUCACCAGUUGGAACAACUUCUAAACAGGACAAGACAGAAACCAACCGGCCUAAUAAGGCUUCAUCAUCUACUGAGCAGGAUUUGGAUGUAUUUCUCCUGGGAGAUCUUGGAAGUAGUGAUGAGGGUCCAGAUGAUGGAGAUGAGACCUUUGAUGAUGACUUCGAUAAGAUUGACAACUCAGAUGAAGAAGAUGAGAAGCAGCUGAAGAAGACAACAUCUACAGCAGGAUAAAUUACUGUUUAG